CAACCAGUCUAGAGUAAGUCUGAUUUCAGGAUGGAUGCAAUACCUUGUUGUCUCCUAUUUUCGCUCGUGUUCUUUGGAACUGGGAUUGAACAAACCCAAGCCUUGCUACUGCAAUGCUACUGCCAGCGCUGCCCCAACUCCACCUGCAACACGGAUGGCCUGUGCUACGCCUCCGUCACCAAGACGGGCAACCACGUGACCAAGCAGCAGAGCUUCUGCCUGCGAGACGACGAGCUCAUCCCGCGCGACCGGCCCUUCCUCUGCGCCCCCUCCACCAAGGACGACACGGGCAUCUACCCCAUGUGCUGCAACACCAACCUCUGUAACAAAAACCCCAACUUCAGCAUUCCCGUUCCGACGGUGAAGCCCCCGUCUCUAGGUCCAGUGGGCUUGGCGGCGGUGAUCGCAGUGCCAGUGUGUGUGCUGUGCUUCUUACUGGUGACCAUCUUCUACUUCUGCCACAGUCGAUCAGCUAUCCACCACCGCGUGCCCAACGAGGAGGACCCCUCCAUGGACCACCCCUACAUCACCGUGGGGACCACCCUCAAGGACCUCAUCUACGACAUGACCACCUCUGGGUCUGGCUCAGGCCUUCCACUGCUGGUGCAAAGGACGAUCGCCAGGACCAUCAUCCUGCAGGAGAGCAUCGGGAAGGGCCGCUUCGGCGAGGUGUGGCGCGGCAAAUGGCGCGGCGAGGAGGUGGCCGUGAAGAUCUUCUCGUCGCGCGAGGAGCGCUCCUGGUUCCGCGAGGCCGAGAUCUACCAGACCGUCAUGCUCCGGCACGAGAACAUCCUGGGCUUCAUCGCCGCCGACAACAAAGAUAACGGGACGUGGACUCAGCUGUGGUUGGUGUCGGACUAUCACGAGCACGGCUCUCUGUUCGAUUACCUGAACAGGUACACGGUGACGGUGGAGGGCAUGAUCAAGCUGUCGCUGUCCACCGCCAGUGGUCUGGCUCACCUGCACAUGGAGAUCGUGGGCACCCAAGGUAAGCCAGCCAUCGCUCACCGAGACCUCAAGUCCAAGAACAUUCUGGUGAAGAAGAACGGAACCUGCUGCAUCGCCGAUCUGGGCCUCGCUGUGCGCCAUGACUCUGCCACCGACACCAUCGACAUCGCGCCCAACCACCGCGUGGGCACCAAGAGGUAUAUGGCCCCAGAGGUCCUUGACGAUUCAAUAAAUAUGAAGCAUUUUGAGUCGUUCAAGAGGGCAGAUAUCUACGCCAUGGGUCUGGUGUUCUGGGAAAUCGCCAGCAGAUGUUCGAUUGGUGGUAUCCAUGAAGACUACCAGCUGCCCUACCAUGACUUGGUGCAGUCAGACCCUUCAGUGGAGGAGAUGCGUAAGGUGGUCUGCGAGCAGAAGCUUCGACCCAACAUUCCCAACAGGUGGCAAAGCUGUGAGGCGCUUCGGGUGAUGGCCAAGAUCAUGAGGGAGUGCUGGUAUGCUAACGGAGCAGCCCGGCUAACGGCUCUACGCAUCAAGAAGACCCUCUCUCAGCUCAGUCAUCAGGAGGGCAUCAAGAUGUAGAAUCCCCACCCACCUGCGCCCAAAAACCAACCAACCCCACCCACCCAACGAACCACCCCAGCCCCCUUCAGAGCCACAGACUCUGCCAUAAACACUAAAUGUCAUUGCAAUUGUCCUUAUGGUUUACCAUCAUCAUCAUCGUGGUGAUCGUGAGAGGAAGCUGUGCCGCUCCGGUUCUCCCCGCUAGUGAGGAGCACCACUAAACCUGCUGGUCUUCUGUCUUGUUUCCUAACCUCUGUGGAGGGACGCUCAGUCUUCUCUAUUGGGAUGAAAAGGCAGAGGUCAUUGUGGGGACAGGGCCGCUGGGAGGGGUUGUCAAAAAAAAAAGAAGCGGGGGGCUGCACCUCUGAGCGCCCCACAGCCACCAUCAGAGACCCACCGGAUGGUGUGCUGGCAACCCUUGUCCUGUGUCCUCAGUUGUGAUUGGUCAGAUUCGCUGCUGUGCUGUGGUUGAAUUGAGAUGCGCGCUCAUGAUUGGCUAUUGGCUCACCUCUGGUUCAGUUGCCCAGUUAGCAACGCCCUCGGCCAAAGAGGACAGACACUCCAAACCUCACCAAGGUCAUAGGUCACGGUGGGAGGGGUGCAGGAGUUAGGCAAGGGUGGACCCUCUUUGGACGAUCAGGGACCAGCCUGCUUUCAAUGCUGUUCUUUAAAGUGACUGAAACAUUUACAUUUGUCAUGUUUUCUGCUUUCUCUUUUCUUUCAUGACAAAAAAAAGAAAUGAUUGCUCUGUGGAACAUUUUGCACCUUUUUUGUUUUUUUUUCCGUGUAUUUCUGUUCUUGUACUCACCGCUGCGGUCUUCAGGUCAGUGUAACUUAGUGUAAGUUAUUUGUCAUAACUAUUUUUUUUCCAAACACACUAGACAUGACCUCAUUUUCACUCUUGGCAAACAUGCUGUGACAUAUGCAAUAUAGAUAAAUCCAUAUCUAUUUUAUAUAUAUUAACUGCUCUGCUACAACAACUACCGACAACAACAACAACAACAACAACAACAACAACUACUACUGCAACACAACCAUGCCUUCCAAACCAGAUGUUACCGGAAAGUGCCAGUGCUCUAGAACCACCAAUCUCUCCACCCACGCUGCCAAGGAGACCCUUUACCCCCACUCAAAGGUUUUCAGUCUUCACUGGUGAAAAACUAGGAUGAGCAGAGCUCCUUACGGGGAUUGAUGGGCAGUGUCCCUGUUUUGCUGUUGAGUGAGAGGGUGGAGGAUCAUCUCCCGACAGUCAACUCCCCCAGUGCCAUUUCCUGCCUGCGUCCUCCUCUUCAUUGGCUGUCAUGAGGAAGAGCAGCGCCUAUGCCUUCUGCUCCGCCUAAGUCCACCUCCUCAGAAACCCUCGAGACACACCUGGUGAGUCAAUGUGUGAGGGUGUGUUUAUGGUGAGGGGGUGGGACAGGUACCAUGUUACAACUGCUGCCAUUUUUAACCGAGUGGACCAAACACAGGACUUGAAGCAACACUAAGCUCUAGUCACCCCCUUCAGAAUUUCACCCUGGGAUAGUCUUUUUUUUUUUUUUGCUGUUUGUUUUUGUCUUUUUUUGUUGUUGUUUUUUAUUUGAAGUGACACAUCAGGUUUGUGGACACCACUCUCAUCAGAAACACAGGCUUUCUCGACCCUCUCUAUGCCUCUGAAUAGAACAUAAAUGGCUGGAGAACCACCUGGCAAAUGGGCUGCCAUCCUCAGUGAUGUAACAGGUGGUCGGGAAAACAAGGCCAUUGGUUGGCUGACGCCUGCGAGAGUGUCAUUGUGAUGUCACAAUGGAAAAAGAAAAGGAGCGAUGUCUGCAUCGCUGAUGUUAGUUGCCACUCUUGUCAGAGACAGUUUGUCUUCGUCUCGCAAGUGCACGUCAACAAACUGAUCAAGUAUUGUUAAAGAGGGUGAAGUGCAUCCAUUGAAAUAUAGCAAAUGAAUAUUUACUAAGCCAUAGGUUUUCCAACGUUUUGUGGCAACUUUUUUCUACUAGAAUGUACAUUUUAUGAUGAAAGAAAUGUAACAUACACUACAUAUUUCAGUUGAGCAAGCCUCAAGGGACCAAUAGAGACAGGAUUGUUCUUGCUUUGUAAAAUGUACUGUAAGAUAUGAAAAGCAGAUUCAAAGCUCUAUGAAUAGGAAAUGUAGCACCAGUUAAUAGUUUAUAUUUUUGAAAGACAGACCACGUUACCACACAUAUCUGCUAGGAGUUUGAUUUGGGACAUCGAUUCAUGUUUUUGCUAAAUUAAUUGUGGUUGAAUUUGUCUAUACAAAAUUGAAAACAAACCGCAUCAUCAUCUGUUUUUCCUUAGGAUUUUGUACAAAGUUUGGUUGUAGGUCAGUGAAAUUUAAGGUCAAUUAAAAGGUAUGGUGUUUUUCUCCCCCAAAAGAAGUAUGAUCCCAUGCUUUUGUCUUCUUUUUUUUUUUUAGGAUCUUCAGCCGCACUUUAGCAUGAGAGUAUUGUUACUCUAUUCGUUAUGACCAGUAAGAUUUCUGAAUGUCAGUAACGUGACAGCAUUUUGUCUUUAGUCACGGAAUCCAUGUUGUUCGCCUUACGCGCUUCAGCCCUUAAUAAACCCACCAACCCAAAAGAUGUGUCUGUACCAUUCAGCAAUAAGUGCCCUUCCUGCUUGCCCGUGUCUGUGUUAAUGUGCUCGCACGUGAAGUUUGGAUCUCUGCUUAGGCGUCUUUGGAGUUCUGUCGAAAGCAAUUGGUCGGCCAUUGUGCUGCUACGGCAUUUUUUAUUUAUUUUUUUUUUACUCUACUGGAGCUGCGGGGGACUGACUUUGUUUGUCCUGGACUGUAAACUGCACAAUAUCGGAUGUACAUAAUCUCCAAACGCAUGACUGUAGAAUGGUCUUUUUUUUUUUUUUUUUUAAGCUGUUCUGCCAGGGGAGUGGGUGGUGUGGGCUUUUGGUUUGACCACUCCACUAGUUUCCCAGGCCACUUUCUCAGUACAGUCAAAUUGGUAAAGCAUUAAUUAAAUGUCUAUUGAGCAUUACUGUUUAGUGAUCUGUGUGCUCGGCCAGUAUUGCCUCACAUGGUUUGUUUUUGUUUUUUUACCAGGGAGACCUUACCCUGUUGAUUCAGUCUGGGCCUCUAUGCAAUACCAGUGGCUCCUGUAACAUGCUGAAAAAUGUUGUAAAAUCCCAGAAUGAAGAUGUCUUAGAGAUGUGUCGAUAGGAAUGAAACCAUAUACAUAAUAUGUAAACGUUUGUUUUAUGUGCAAGUCUGGAAAGAUUUGGUCUUGUACAGUUGGACAGAAAUCUUAUGAAAAAAAAAAAAGUGGAAAAAAAAGCUAUCCUAAUUAUUGCUUAAAAGACCAUUGUACAUAGCUGCUAUUUGAAAUGAUGGAAUUAUCGUUUCAUGUAAAAGAAAUGUAGUAAUGAAUGUCGAAGGUUAGAGAGUUCAGUUCAUUGAGGAGGUUUCCCUGUAGGGGAGAAUGGGUGUCUCUCAGUGCAGCGUUUGUGGGUGGAAAACGCCCUGGUCUCACAGCACCAGUGGCUUCAACAGGCCAGGCCUCAUCUCUGUCCAAUAGCAUUUGUCUUAACAAAACCACCAGCAGCCUCUUUUACUUUCCUCUGUUUUUGUUCUGUUUUUGUUGUUGCAAAAACUUCAAAUGGUGACUCAAGAUGUAAGCAUCACACACAUCCAGGUACUUCUCCUCUUCUUCUCUCUCGCUGUCAGCGACAUGCAGGUACCUUUGCCAGCCACCAGGGCGGCGACCUCACCAGCUAUGACUUAACCUACAAAUACAACUCAUACCUGUGCAAAUCUGGUUUCAUGCAAAUGAUGCUGGGAGAGUGGGGCGGGGGAGUGUCUCCCUCGCCAUGGCAAAGUGCCCAUCUCUCCGCAUCGCUAGUGUUUUCGUUGUUGUCAGACUUGCAGUGCCUCCAACCUUAUCUCAACUCCAGCCAAGGAGAGAGAUAAGCAUGGAGAGCACAGUGGGCAGGCGCCAUCUGUGUGUCUCUGUGUGUGUGUGUGUGUGUGUGUGUGUGUGUGUCUGUGUGUUUGUAUGUAUAUGUAUGUAUGUAUGUAUGGGUGUUUUUCCCUUUGUUUUGUUUGUUUUUGUUUGUCAACACGCAGUUCAGGAGUAGAGGAAUGAAAUGUGCUCUUUUGUUACCCAGAUGGAGGAAUGUCGGCAGUUUCACUAUAUCAGAUAUGCAAUUUGUGUCAUGGAAUGCAUUAUGUAGUCUUUUUAUAUAUAUAUAUAGAUAUAUUUCUCCAUUGCAACAGUCCACAGGACUCGCAGUGUUUGGCUGACUGAUUUGUAAACUUGUCUCUUUGUAUUGUGCAUGAACCAGGGACACCAGAGCCAUGCUGGACUAAAUUAAACAGUAGUUAGGCUAAUGUGGAUCAUGCAAAUGGCUUGAUGUUCCUGGAAUGACUGAGCCCUGGACAAACAGCACAAUUAGCAUAACUCAAGUAAAGGUCAUGCCAGAACCUAAAGGGGGUCCUGCUCUUUAUGCAAAUAUGUACAGGCAACGUGCUCUUCAUCCUCGGCCCUGACAUUUGCCUCAUUGACAAGCGCAACGUAAAUGUAUGCAGAAUCUAUGCUAAUCAACUAACACUGUGACAAGACAGGACCAGGGAGGCACAGGGGCUGCAGAAAUACCAAAACGAGUAAAUAAUCAAAACAAAAAAACAGCGUUUGCUCUUUUGAUUUUGGAUACCGCGAAAACUGCCAGCAAACUAACCAACAGCACAGGGCAUUUUUCCGACUGGGUUGCAAAAGGGUGUCAUUAUCCAGGGUGCUUUUCUGUUGCUCAUUGGCUGCUGUUGUGACAACGUUAUGUCAAAGGUAGAGGAAAGCUUUAUCAUGUUUGUUUUGGUUUAAGUUUGAAUAUAUAUACACACACACAUGUGUUUCAUUUUAUUAUUCCACCAGACUGAUGCACAGCAUGUGGGCUUGAUUUCUAAUGUCUGCAUCACUUUGCUUUUUAAGUAAUUUAUUAAAAGCUUAAAAAAACAUGUAAUUAACUGGUUUUUAAAAAGGUCAUAAUCAAAAGAAAAUAUACCUCCUUUAAAGACCAAUGUUUUUACCUCAACAUGUAGCCUAUAUCUGAUUUGUUUAUUCUGAGUUUGCAAAUUUUGUUUCUAUGAAAUGCUAAAUUGAAGAGGAGGGGAAAAAAGCAAAUUUUGUUAAUAGCAUUUGUAUGUGUUAUGUAUGUGUCCAGUAUGUGUCUACCAUCAUCUGUAUAUUGCUUUUAUUCUGUCUAAAUUGUAAGUGCUUUACUUAUGUCGAACCCCUUGGUCCUUUAAACAUACUCUCUAAGCUAUGUAAAAUGCCUUGUGUACUUUUCUUUGAAACUAUAUCUAUAUCUAUAUAUACAGUAUAUGUCAUGAAAACAGGACGGGAUGAGAAUGAGAAGUGGUUCAGCUUGGGAAAGGACUCUUGACUUAAAGAGCCGCUGGCGUGUCCUCUGAAUCCCUGUAUUCUCUGAGGCCGCCAUGUUGGGUGUUGAUGGCCCAGUAGCACUGAACUUGAAGUGCCCUGAGCAGGAGAGCUGGACAACACGCCCUCACUGUGCCCUUUGCAACGCGGCUCGUAGCGCAAAUACUCCACGAUGCCCUCGACGCGAGAGCUUUGAAAGGUCAUUCUUUGCAUUUCAGCAGAGGGAGUCAACAGGCUCCAGACGACUGCAUGUUUUUGGGAUGGAUCCAUGGCACUUCUGGGCAAGAUCUGUCUCACGAUCCUCUGCUGUGUGGAAAGCCGUAACGGAAUUGGUAUCCAUGAGAGUGUUGCGUCGCCAGCACCUGUACAGGGUCCCCCACCCUCACCCCCACCCCCAGUCGAGCGUUUCGGAUGUUCUUUGUUUUUAUUUUAUUUUUAAGAUGUAAGAUGAAUGAUCAACGGAACCUAGCCGAGUGAUGCUGAUAAUGUUACACUCAAACCUAGUGGACUAGAAAGUGGUGUGAAUAAAAUCCAUUCAAGUUUUUCAGCA